AUGUCUUCUGCUCACAUAGCUAACACUCCCUUUGACGAUCCUGGCGCUGAUUUCAUCCUCAGAACAUCCGAUGGCGUUGACUUCCGCGUCUUCAGGGCGGUCCUUUCACUUGCGUCCCCUGUGUUCAAGGACAUGCUGAGUUUACCUCAACCUACCCUCCCUUCCACUCCCGAGACGCCUGUGGUAACGAUUUCAGAAAACAGCGCGGUGCUUGAGCCGUUGCUCCUUUUCUUCUACCCUGCUGUUCCGCCCACCAUCGAGAGUUUGGAAGACGUCCGCAUUAUGCUCCUAACGGCGACCAAAUACGACUUUGAGGCUGCAAUUCAAGAGGUCUCAACUCAGCUCGUCUCACCUCGCUUUUUGGAGACGAACCCCAUUGGGGUUUAUUGUGUGGCAUGUCACUGCGGUUUGGAGGCAGAAGCUAAAGCUGCUGCCCUUCAAGCGCUAAACAUCCCCUCUCUCGGGCGCCCUGUAGUUGAAGUUGACGAACUCGCGUUGAUCAACAUCCCAACGUACCAUCGUCUGUUGAGGUACCACUUCAAAUGUGGCGAGGUCGCCGCUGGUGUUUCCAACAAAGACAACUGGAGCCUAGUCGGAAUGGCUGUCUGUCGGUUGCCGUUUUGUGACUGCGCCGAUGUCAUUGAUGAUGAAGGUGUUCCUUCACGUCUGUUACCGAUAUUCGAUGUCCUUCCCAACAUCGCGGAUGAACUUAGGCGCAGACCGUCACCUGCAACAGCGGCGCAAUCUGUUCAUCUCAAAGAUGCGGUUGAAAAGCUGCGCGGUUGCAAUACAUGCAGUCGCGAGAUUGAGAACGGAACAACGCUGCGAGAGCUGGUGGACGGAAUCGGUAGUCUGGUGCGGGAUGAAGUUGAAAAGGUUCCGCUUGAAUUCAAAGAUUGA